AUGGCGGGUUCAUCUGAAUCAGCUGAGCAGCGGGAGGGGACGCGUUCUGUUCGGAUUCCAGAUUUGUUUUCUUCUAUAAUGUCUCCCAAACCAGUGCUUAACCCAAACUAUGCCAAGGUCAAAGCUGAAGGCGAUGAAUGGAUUGCAAGGAUUAUGAAAAUGGACGAGAAAACAAGCGCCAGGAACAAAAGAGUAGACUUCUGCUAUCUUGGUGCUUUAUGGGCGCCAGAUGCUGAUGAAGAAUCGUUACGGGUGUUACUUGAUUGGUGCCACUGGUUCGAUGAAGGUCACUUGAAGGAUGAUCCCGUUGCAGCGCAGGAAGAGAUAAAGGAGACCAUGGCGAUCAUGGAGGAAGAUGUGCAGCUAAUAGAGCCGCACGUAAACCCACUCAGAUACGUCUUUCAGCUCUGCUGGCUUGCGAUUAAUCGAGAAGCAGAAUUGCGGCAGCAGUAUAAGGAGCAACACAAGGAAUACUUCGAUCAGAUAGUAGUACAAGUCCAACAAGCAGCCAAGGGAGAGGUCCUACGCCGUGAUGUACAGACAUAUAUUGAGGUCCGUAGGGGGAGUAUUGGGGUCACCCCUGCUAUCUCUAUAAUUCGAUGCAUCGAAGGCGUCGAGUUGCCAGAAAUGGUUGUCUCCCAUAGCUCUCUGCAAGAAUGCCGUCGAUUAUCGUCUGAGCUUGUAUUUAUGGUCAAUGAUAUCAUAUCAUACCGUAAGGAUCUAGAGUUGAGUGUCGACCAUAAUUUAAUCCCGCUCCUUGUGGAGCAGGGCAUGUCUGUCCAACAGUCUAUCGACAAAAUCGGUGCCAUGAUUGACGACUGUUACAAACGUUGGUACACCGCGCUUGCUGAACUGCCUUCCUAUGGCGAAAAGGUAGAUAGGGAAGUACUCCUUUUUAUCGAGAUUUGUCGUAAUGUUGCCCUUGGUAAUUUGUACUGGAGCUUCAAGACAGCUCGAUAUCUUGACUCAGAGGAGGGCCAGAAUGUACACGAGACGCGAAUACUAUAUCUUCCCUAUUAA